CGCCCCCUAAAGGAAGAUCAGGGAACAUGUAUUGUCCAGCCCUCAGAUGUUGAAAUUAAACGCACUGAAUGGGGUUUAUCCGCCCACUGCAGCGCGACACGCAUUCUGCACGUUCCACAUGCGUCGCAGGUGCGCUCGUGGACCCUCACACAGAGCGAUUAUAAAGCCCACCUGAGUUACAGCCCCGGUCUGCUGCUGCUGCACGUGCCGUUCUCUAUCCGAACCCGUAGCAUUACAUAGGCUAUCACUUUGAAAAACUCAAAAGACAAAAUGCCAUUUCUUCAGCACGCACUGGACUCGCAGUUGGAGAGUUUGGCUUUGGGGCAAGUGGUUCCGGCUCUGUUGGACCGAGGCUUCUUUUACGUGGACCACUUUCUGGGGGACAUCGCGGGCCACAUGGUUCUGGGUCAGGUCAAGCGCAUGCAUUACUGUGGGCUUCUCAACGACGGCCAGCUGGCCAGACGAAGCAAUGGAGUUUGCAGAAGCAUCAGAGGAGAUCAAAUCACAUGGGUUAACGGGACGGAGAGGGGCUCCGAGGCGGUCAACUUUUUAUUAACACUCAUAGACAAACUCAUUUCUCUGUGUGAGGGUCAACUGGGCAAAAGUAUCCGCGCAAGGUCAAAGGCGAUGGUGGCUUGUUAUCCAGGAAAUGGAGCAGGAUAUGUGAAACAUGUAGAUAACCCUAAUGCAGACGGCCGCUGCGUCACCUGUAUUUACUAUCUGAAUAAAAACUGGAAUGCAAAGGAGCAUGGCGGAUUGCUAAGGAUCUUUCCUGAAGGAAAAUCUUACGUAGCCGACAUCGAGCCUUUGUUUGAUCGACUUCUGCUUUUCUGGUCAGAUCGUAGAAACCCUCAUGAAGUUCAACCGUCAUAUGCUACAAGGUAUGCAAUCACUGUGUGGUACUUUGAUUCAGAGGAAAGAGCUGAAGCAAAAAGAAAAUUCAGAGAUCUGACAGCCAACUCACAGGAAGGUUCAUCACCUUAACAGAAAUACACUGGCCUGUCUCCUCCGAGAGGAUUUCUUUUGUCUACUGUCUUAUUUCUUUGCUUUUUUUUCUAUUUUUACAUGGCUUUUUGCACUAAAGGUACCUCUCCCC